CCGAACCAAAUUCCCUCCUUCCUUUCUCUCUCUCUCUUUCCCUCGUUUUCUUCUCCACUUUCUUUCCCUCUUUUUUAUUGCUGCCUCUCCCAAAUCAGAUCUCUCCAAAACCCUCACUUCCAUUCUGCUCUCAAUUCUCAUCACCUUCCUCAAUCCUAUACCCCCUUCACCCCUUCGAUUUCAUUCCCCUCAACCACCAAUUCUUCAUACCCGGAUUUAUUGCACAGUUCAGGAAUUCUUAUGGUUUGUUGAGGUCUUUUUGAGCUCCAAAGAAAGAGAUCGAAUCAUGCAGCGGCAGACGCGGCCGCCUCCGACUUCGAGAAAGCAGUUGCCUUUCACUUCCAUGAAGCCGCCGUUUGGUGGAGGCGCUGGAGGAGAAGGAGGCGACUACCACCACUUUGCUACUGGUGAUGCUCAGCAGCCUGAUCAAGAAUUUCCCGAGUCCGUUGUUGUCAAGAAGCGCCCUCCAUUAAAGCGAAAAACUGGAGUAGCAGAACCUGAAGCGGAACGUGCUGACCAUAAUGCAGGUCCUGGCAAUGUUACUAUCCUGAAAGGUCCCUUUCAGACACCACCAUCAACAAAACCAGGAAAACAAAGGGUUUCAAGGGCAAAGGCCAACAAGGCUGCAUCUCAGAUUCCCAUGCCAAAUGUUGGGUCUCCUAGUGGAAAUAAUCUCACCCCUGUUGGUUCUUGUCGUUUUGAUAGCUCACUGGGUCUCUUGACAAAAAAGUUCAUCAAUCUAAUUAAACACGCAGAAAAUGGUGUUCUAGAUUUGAAUAAGGCUGCAGAAACUUUAGAGGUACAGAAGAGGCGUAUAUAUGAUAUUACUAAUGUUCUUGAAGGAAUUGGUCUUAUAGAAAAGAAUCUCAAAAACAGAAUUCAGUGGAAGGGUUUAGAUGUAGCAAGACCAGGGGAAGCUGAUGAGAGCGCACCUGCUUUACAGGAAGAGCUUGAAAAUCUGAACAUCGAGGAGUGCAGAUUAGAUGACCGCAUAAGAGAAAUGCAGGAAAAAUUGAGGGGCCUGAGUGAAGAUGAAGGCAAUGAAAGGUGGCUUUUUGUCACAGAAGAUGAUAUAAAAUCCUUACCCUGCUUCCAGAAUGAAACUCUUAUAGCAAUUAAAGCUCCUCAUGGCACUACUUUAGAAGUUCCAGACCCUGAUGAGGCAGUUGAUUAUCCACAGAGAAGGUACAGAAUAGUUCUUCGGAGCACAAUGGGGCCUAUUGAUGUUUACCUCGUCAGCCAAUUUGAGGAAAAAUUCGAGGAGAUUAAUGCUGUCGAAGAACAACCAAGCAUGCCUGCUGUGCAGGGAGUAGAGGCUAAUAAUUAUGCUUGUGUACCAUCUCCAAGGCCAGAAAUCGGAGGAAGUGAAACUGCUAUUCAGGGAGUAGAACCUCAAAUUAGCUCGGAUGCGAGCACAUCACAUGAUUUCGUCAGUGGAAUCCUCAAGAUAGUGCCAGAAGUUGAUAGUGGUGCUGAUUACUGGCUUUCGUCGGAUGCGGAUAUAAGCUAUACUGACAUGUGGAGCAUAGAUUCUGUCAUUGACUGGGAGAACUUGGACGUGCCUGAUUAUGCCACAGCAGGUAUCACCACCCCACGAGCCCAAACUCCAGCACGAAACACAAUUGCAGCAUCUCCAAUUCAAGCCACCCCUACUUCUGCUUUGCCACCGGACCAGGUUCCACCAGAAGCCACAAAGCCUCCUUCAACCAGGCCGACCGGGAUUUGAUAAUGAAUUCGGAAGAAGACGUUCUGUUGUACAUUACAGAGAGUCAAAAUGUUGGUCAUCUCUACCAAUAUGGAGUAUAAUGUAGAUAUGUUUGAGCAGAGUAGCAAAGCGGAUGGCAUUCUUGGCUGUACAGCUUCAAAUGUACUUACUUCUUCAUUUUUGUUUUAUUAUUUAUAGGUUUCAUUAUCAAAUACUCCCUCCGCCUGUCAUUAGGAUUCCCAUUUAUUGGCGGCACGAGUUUUAAGAAAUGUUAAGAAAAGUGGGUGGAAAAAAGUUAGUGGAAUAGGGGUUCUACUUGUAUAUAUUAGUUUUAAAUGAAAUGUGAGUGGACUGAGUUAUUGGAA